AUGGCGCAGGAACGCAUCCAGGCGGGUUUUGAAUAUCACCAGAGAAGGAGACUCCACAACUUUCUGGGCAGCCUGUUCCAGUCCUCUGAUAUCCUCAAAGUAAAGGAGUUUUUCCUCAAGCACAGAGACAUCAGCAAGAAUCAAAUAUCUGACAUUGCGCCUGAUGCAUUCAAAGGCUUGAAAUCUCUCAUUUCAUUAGUGCUCUAUGGAAACAAGAUCACAGAGAUUCCCCAGGGCCUUUUUGAUGAUCUUGUGUCUCUGCAGCUGCUGCUUCUCAAUGCCAAUAAGAUCAACUGCCUGAGGGUAAACACGUUCCAAGGUCUGCAUAAUCUCAAACUGCUAUCUCUUUAUGACAACAAACUGCAGACCAUCAGCAAGGGGCUUUUUGCACCUCUCCGAUCGAUCCAGACGCUACAUUUAGCUCAGAAUCCAUUUGUGUGCGACUGCCAUUUGAAGUGGCUGGCUGAUUACCUGCAGGAUAAUCCGAUAGAAACCAGCGGCGCUCGAUGCAGCAAUCCGCGUCGCCUUGCCAACAAACGAAUCAGCCAGAUCAAGAGCAAGAAGUUCCGCUGCUCAGGGUCAGAGGAUUACAGAAGUAAAUUCACCGGGAAGUGUUUCAUGGACCUUGUCUGUCCUGAGAAGUGUCGCUGCGAGGGAACAAUCGUAGACUGCUCUAACCAAAAACUCACCCGAUUACCCAGUCACCUUCCUGAGUAUACUACUGAUCUGCGUUUGAAUGACAAUGAUAUUUCUGUUUUGGAAGCUAUCGGACUCUUCAAGAAAUUGCCCAACCUCAGAAAAAUAAAUCUAAGUAACAAUAAGAUCAAGGAGAUCCGAGAAGGCACAUUUGACGGAGCUUCAGGAGUGCAGGAACUGAUUCUGACGGAGAAUCAGCUGGAAUCAGUGCACGGACGAAUGUUUAGAGGCCUCACAGGGCUGAAGACAUUGAUGCUGAGGAGCAACUCUAUCAGCUGUAUAAACAACGACACCUUUGCUGGACUGAGCUCAGUGAGACUUCUUUCUCUCUAUGACAAUCACAUCAGCACGAUCACCCCUGGAGCCUUCAGCACAUUAGUCUCUUUGUCUACAAUUAAUUUGCUGGCUAACUCCUUUAAUUGUAACUGCCAUUUGGCCUGGCUGGGAAAAUGGUUGAGGAAGAAGAGAAUUGUCAGUGGAAAUCCACGCUGCUUGAAACCCUUUUUCUUAAAGGAUAUUCCAAUCCAAGAUGUAGAUGUCCAGGACUUCACCUGCGAUGGUAAUGACGAAAGCAGCUGCUUGCUUUCACCUCCUUGCCCUUCCCAGUGUACCUGCGUGGACUCCGUAGUACGUUGCAGCAACAAAGGGCUGCGGAUAUUGCCCAAAGGAAUUCCCAAAGACGUGACUGAGCU